AUGAGCGUGAGCGGCUUGCGUGCGCUUGCGCGUAGUGGCGUUCAGUAUGGCUUCAGAGGGGGCUGCGUGAGCCGGGGCCUGCCACCGAGUGCGCGUAGGGCCCUCGGCCCCUCUCUGUCGAUAUCUGUCACUUCUGUGCCCCACGCGACUCUCACUGCCCAGUCACGCACGCAGUUUGCACAGGUUCCCGGGAAGCGGGAUCAGGAGGCCUUCCUUUCGCAGUAUAACCCGCUUGAGGUCCUCGCCCUUGAGGAGUCUUGCACGGUAGAGGAAAUUGACGAGGCAUUCAAGCGAAUGAGUGCCAAGUAUGGCCCUAACGGUCCCUGCCCUGACGCGAAGUUGUUGGAUCGUGUAUUUAGGGCGCAUGAGAUUCUCAAGGAUCCCGGCUCGCCCUACUACCUCCGUGCCCACUCCUCCGACACUGACAGGCAACGUCUUCAGUUCCAGCUUCUUCCAAAGUCAAAGCGUCGGCUAAUUGAGGUUCAAGUGGGAAUUUUGGUGCUUCUUUUAGUUGGGCUCGCGAUGCUGGUGCUUACCUUGGUGCUGCGCCCGAUGAAGCGCUCAAUCCGUGCUGCAACGCGUUGA